GGAUCAGCAGCCGCCAGCCGUCGGCCCGCGGCCGGCAGUGAAUACUUGUGCGUCGCGGUGACAGGUGGCAUGUCGCCCCCUCAUGAGUUACUCGUAAACGUGACUCUUGUCUUUUGUUUAUAAACUUAAUGUUUAUGUAAAAAAUAAAAUGACGGUUUUAUAUGCUACAAAGGGACUUUAUACCUACGGAACCUAAAUAAAUUGUUAAGUUAUCUUGGACUUAAGAAGUGUCGUGAAAGUGUACCCAGAAAAUACCGGCUCCGCGACUCAUGUCCACAAGUACGAUUUGAAUGCGAAAUUGUCAUAAACUAGAUGAAAAGGAGGUCCCAAUAUACACAGAGAUAAGGAGUCAAGAUGAUGGAAUGUUUGUGUCCUGCGCCACGAACUCUGGCAUGUCGUGUGGUUCUUCUUGAUGAAAGAGAAUUAUUUCAUGAAAUACAGGAUAAUAGCGCAGGGCAAGCGUUACUGGAUGUUGUAUUCAGACAUUUAGAUCUUCUAGAGACAGCCUACUUUGGACUACGAUACGUUGAUCAAGACAAUCAAACACACUGGCUGGACGCCGGGAAGCGUCUGAGAAGGCAACUUCACAGCUCCGACACACACACGUUCUACUUCAGCGUCAAGUUCUACGCGACGGACCCUUGCAAACUAUUAGAGGAGAUAACGAGGUACCAAUUGUUUCUACAGCUCAAGCAAGAUGUCUUACGUGGUCGGUUGCCUGUCAAUUUCGACUUGGCAGCGGAGCUCGCUGCGUACGUCCUACAAUCCGAGCUCGGAGAUUACGAUCCCAGAAGGCACGGGCCAGGGUACGUGUCAGAAUUUCGAUUCUUGACUCAUCAAACACCUGAGCUUGAGGGUCGGGCUGCCGACAUACAUAGGACAUUGACAGGGAUUUCGCCUGCGCAAGCUGAACUAAGCUAUUUAGACAAAGUAAAAUGGCUCGAUAUGUACGGUGUUGAUCUCCAUCCCGUCUUGGGCGAAGACAGCGUGGAGUACUUUUUGGGACUAGCGCCAAGUGGCCUGUUGCUUCUACGAGGAAAACACACAGUUGCUACAUAUUAUUGGCCGCGCGUUUCAAAACUGUAUUACAAAGGACGAUACUUCAUGAUCCGCGUCGCAGACAAAAAUAAUGACACGUCAACGUAUGGCUUCGAGUCUCCUACGAGGGCAGCAUGUCGGCACUUAUGGCGAUGCUGUUCUGACCAUCAUACAUUCUUCCGCCUUCAGCAAUCUUCACCAGCAUCUGCUGACAUCUUCACACUCGGCUCAAGGUUAAGGAACAGCAGCCGAGGCAGCCGGCCGCGGCCGCCACCACAUUUCACUCGAACGCCCUCAAGGCGCUACGUCCGCCCUCACGCCUCUUAUACUUCUUUACACGAUGUGCCAAAGCUAGAAGAUUUAAGAAUAAAAGACUGCCCUGAAGUAAAACAACCUACCUCUGUACAUCGACCAAACUCAAUCAGCGGUGAAGUGAAUUGCCAGCCCAUAAACGCAGCGGGUGGAUCGCCGCGUUCUACCCGCUCGGCGCCCGCCCGUCGCGGCCUAUACUCGGCGUCACCAACCGCCAACAGACCUCCUCCAGCGCCUCGACAUAGAUCCGCUUCUGUGGACUCGCAGAGCUCUAAUGACUCAAGAUCGAAUCGCAAACACAGGCACCGCUCCCGAAGGCAGCAGUCAGACGCAGAGAGCGAGUUGUCUCGCGGCUCUGGUCGUUCGGGGCGGAGGCACCGGCGGCAUCGCUCCAGACACAAGCACGACUCCGCCUCGGAAAGGGAUGAGUCGCAGCCUGAUACCAAAGAGUACGAGUUAGUGGACUCCGAGUCGCAAUGGAAGGAGGUAUUAAGACAGACGUCGUCGGGCGGUGGUGUUCAAGUUGCGAGUGUUCGCCGGUCGCAAAUGGAACCGGAGAUAGGAACUCAUCGCUCAUCUCACAGACCGCGGCGACAUAGAAAGCAUAGAUCACGAUCCGGUUCACCCGAGAAAAAAUGGCUGCCAAGCGAACUGAAGCAACAUUUAGAGUUUUCGCUCGUGGACACGACGGGAAUGACUGAAGAACAACUGAAGGAAAUACCGUACACCGUUGUCCAGACCAGCCACGCCAGACAUACCAAGCUCCGUACUACUUCAAAACAUAGACAGAACGACCCCGGAUCGCUUUCGAGGCGGGAGAAGGGUUCGCACAAAAGUGAUCACGACAAUCACAAUCAAGGCUCACUCAGAUCGGUCUCGAGCACUCUCAGCGCGCACAGGACCUCUAACGAGAAACAUGGAAGGCGCAUCUACCCGUGCUACGACGACCCAGCAAAUCGAGCAGGAGACGAUUUUCUGACAAACAACGGCUACAAAAGUUCUGUAACGCCCGUGAACAACAACCCCUACAGUCCGGUCACGAAUAGCAAUAGUAACAGCAGCAGCGGAGAACUUAUUGGCAGCGCAAGAGUUUCACAUGAGCAUACGGACUCUGGAUUGGGCGCAGAUCAGGAUUAUGCUUAUUCGUCGGAAAGAUCGAGCGACAGCGCGAAAUGCGGCGCGGGCGGCUCGCUAGCCCCAAGGCACGCUAGCAACAACAACAUUAUCGGCGAGAGCGGGUCUCUGGCGCGGCGGUACGCGCGGCCGUCCCGCGAGCGCGACCUCAACGCGAACCAGCCGCGCACGCACACGCACACGCACACGCGCGCGCGACACGACAACACCCUCGACAUUAUCCUUAAACCCCUCAUAGAGAGCACGCAGCUUCAGAGCAACUGAAUUCAGUGGACGCUGAGACCGGCUCGGCCCGAAUGGAUUCCACGUUUCAAACAGUCAACGGUGUCAAAACUAACGCAGCUGAAAUGAGCACAGAGUUAUAAACUUUAUAGUUUACGAACUUUGCGACUUGUGAUUUGUGAAUGAAACUUGUACAUUGCCUUUAAGUUUCUUUAUAGAUUUCUCUUAAUUUAAUUAAAUGAACCGUUGUAGCUAUUUAUGUUUUGAUUUUUAUUGAAUUACGCACCUACGUUUGUUUGUUGAUGCAUUUAUAGGUAUAAAAAUAUGUACAACUGUGUAUAUAAUUAGUAUUAGGUAGAUACCUUUUUGUAUAAACAGUACCAUGUACUUACCUACUCUAAACGAAUAUAAUAAUGUAAUGUGACUCUAAAUUUCUUAAAUGAAAUAACUGAUGGAAUAGAAAGUAUAUACUUAAAUUACUUGUGUGCCAAAGAGAUGCGUUAGCGAAAAGAUAAACAUGAGAACCAGAUUUUUUUGUAGUUUCUAGGCAUAGUAUAUCAAAUACUCAAUUUUGUAAAAAUACCAGUCAAUUCCGUUAAUAAAAAUAUAUUCUGAUGAGUGUAAUAUAAAAUUUAAAAUAAGUAACCUAUAGUUGAAUCAUAGAAUAAUCGUAAUUUUAUGUUGGAAACAUGUAUAUUAUUUAUUCCACUAAAAACAACGGGUAUAAAUGUAUUUACUUACCAUUGUUUUUAUAUACAAUUAUGAAAUGUGUACAGUUGUUAUGUAGGUUUAGAAUUAAGCUGUCGGGCUCGAGAACUUUUCAUUCAUUGUAUCAUCAGAAUACACAGCAUUUUAUUCUUGAAAUAAUAUUCUGACUAUUCUAAAGUCUAAAUGGUAAAACAUAAAGAACAAACUACAUUUUUAAUUAUUACAAAAUAUAACUUGAUCAUAUUUACAUCUCUUUUGUAUAAGUGUAAUCAUGUAUAGAUAUAAGUGUAAAAUGAAACAGUCAAUUGGUACUGUACAAGACUGAAGACGAUUUUUAACUUUCUACAAUCCUACAAUAUCCCGAUAAUUUGUAACCAUUUUCAUCGUUCACCAUGUUCAUAUUAAAGGUUAUUAUAAUUUAUAAAAAA